AUGGCCCAUGUGUUGGAGGAAUUCGCAAACCUCAUGCCUGCAGAGUUGUCAAGACAGCUGCCUCCUGGACGUGCUGUGGAGCACAGAAUUGAACUGGUGCCAAACCUCUUGCCCAGGCUCCUUAUCAGAAAAAAGUAUGAGUUUAGCAAGGAGCAAAUCACUUUUCUUAGCCAUGUGGUGAGCAAUGGUCGGAUCCAGAUGGAUCGCAAGAAGGUUGAGGCAAUCCUUGAUUGGCCUGCACCCCAGAAAGUCGCAGAACUAAGGUCAUUCCUUGGUCUGGCAAAUUAUUAUAGCCACUUCAUCCAGGGAUACUCAAAGAUGGUAGUACCUUUGACGGACUUACUGAAAAAGGAUAGACCAUGGAUGUGGGAUUAUGAAUACAAGGAUGCGUUCAAAAUAUUGAACGAAGCAGUCACUUCUGCGCCAGUGUUGCAACUUCCGGACUUCACAAAAGCCUUUGAAAUGCACACUGAUACUUCAGAUCGUGUGAUUGGAGGAGUGCUGAUGUAG